AUGACAAAUCAGAUGGUCUCCCGAUUCCGAGUAAAAAAACUUUCACCAAAGCACCCCCUUCCAGUAUUCAAAGAAAGCCAACUUCCAGACCUCACAGAGGCCGCUAGUCUACAGCGUUCAGUACCUCAAAUAGAGACUGGCGUCGAGAAAGAAGAGGAGGAGGAGCAUGAUCUUCAGGCUGCCAUUUCGGCUGCUCAAGCUGCCGUAACAACAGGUGCAAAGGUUGAAAGUUAUAUCCCAACUCCGGAUGCCUCAAGAGUCAUCCCGGACGAGGAGUACUAUUCUCUUUACAAAAAAAAAUACAAAGAACCAUCUACACUUAUUCGGUUCUCUUCUACUGUUGAAGAUGUCACUGGUUGCCCUUAUAUGAUGGACGAACAAGAUGACGAGUUCCUUCAACGCUAUAAUGCCAACAAAGCAAAUGAAACUCUUACACCAGAUGCCUUUGAAGAAAUUAUGUGGCAGUUUGAGUCCGUGACAAAUCAUCAGCUACCUCAUCUCAAUCUUCAACUGGUCCUGAUGAUAGCCAUUCUUUCCUAUCAGGAUCCAUCGCACAUCCCAGAAUAUGCGGAAUUCAUGACAAUGAUUCCUGAAAAUUCCAAGUUACGUGGACGGCCAAGCCUAGAAACGGUUUAUCAGCAUUGGAGACAGCGCCGUUUUAAGCGCCAAGGAAAAUCAGUUGUACCAGAACUCAAGUCAGAAGACACAUUAAGGAGCGAAAUUGAUCCAUAUGUGUGCUUCCGUCGGCGAGAGACGAAGCCUGUUCGAAAAACAAGACGAACGGACCAGCAAUCGCUGGACCGCCUGCGGAAACUGCGUACAGAAAUGGAGAUGUCCAGAAAUUUGCUCGAAAUGGUCCUGCGAAGAGAGAAGAUCCGUAAAGAGGGACUUGUCUUGGAGCACACCGUAUUUGACAAAAAGUGCAAACUCAGAGAGUAUCAGCGUGCACUUGGAAUCAAGGAAGACGAGGAUCUUUUGCCAGCUCCUAAGAAAAAGAGAAAAACUUCGCUUGAGAUUGGAUCAUCUGGUGCGACUAUCAAGAUUCCACUCAAUAAACUCAAGAGAGAUGGCCUUGAUGGACGGCAAGAUAAGACUCCUAUGCAGAUUGCCUUGGAAGCUGAGUUGGCCCGCAAGAGAGAGCAAGAUGCGCCAUACGAAGAUUUUACAGAAUGCCCUUAUCAGCCGUUUCCUUUACCAGUUCCUCACCAAUUCUUUUGCUCCUUACCUUCAAGAGGCCCAAGAUACAGAAAGCGUGUUGGUCGUGGUGGCCGAAUAUUUCUGGACCGGACUGGAUACAAGCGAAACCCAUCUCAUUCAAUGGGUGGGAAAACAAAGCCUGGAUUUCAGCAAGAGUUGUAUGAUCCUUAUCGUUUUGAAUCUGAUUCCAGUGACGAUGAGUUCAAAGUGGACGAGAUGCAGGAUAGCUUUCUGAGGCAUCGCGCACAGCUUCUCACAGAGGUCGAACUCCGCAGCCUUGUCACAAUACCGUUUUUGACCCCAUUGAAUAUGAUGAAUCUUCAUGCUGCAACAAUGCGGGCCAACCAGGCUGCUGCUGCUGCUGCUGCUGCUCAGAGAGCUGCAUUUAUGGCCAAUGGGGCAGCUGCAAAUAAUAGACCUAAUGUUCCCAACGGCACCGUUACUGCGCCCGUAUCAUCAGUGUCCAAUUUAUCUUCUCUUCCACUCAAACGCCAAAACAGCAGGACAAAGAUGACUCCACAGCAGGCAGCUGUAGCAAUGGCUAAUGGCAUGAUAGCAGCAAAUAUGGCCGCUGUACACGAGCUUAUUCUGAUUCUUUUUCAGGCUCAUUUCUCUUCUAAUUCUCACGUUCAUUGUAAAGAUUUGUAUUGGAACAUUCUACUUUUGUAG